GUCAUACAACAUCCAGUUCCACACAACACCUCCUAAGUCCGCUAACGAAUCCCUUCUCGCACGAAUCGUCAUGAAGUUCACUAGCGCCGUCGUCACUCUCACCGCCGCCCUUGUCUCCUCCGUAGGCGCGGUCACCGUCUCCUGGGACUCCGCAUACGACAAUAGCGGACAGUCCCUCGCUACGACCGCCUGCUCGGACGGGCCCAACGGCCUGCAGACCAAGGGUUUCACCACCUUUGGCUCGCUCCCCGACUACCCCUACAUCGGGGGCGCGUCCGCCGUCGGCGCCUGGAACUCACCCAGCUGCGGGAGUUGCUGGGAGUUGACGUACAACGGCAAGACGAUCACGGUGCUCGCGGUCGACCAUACCGAUGAUGGGUUCAACCUGUCCGAGGCGGCCAUGAACGAUCUGACGGACGGGAAUGCCCAGCAGUAUGGGCGCGUGGACGCCCAGGCGACGCAGGUUGAUGCGUCGCAGUGUGGUCUGUAAAGACCCGUCUGCAGGAUGACUUGGUGUUCUGCCACGACACGACAUGGACUUCAUGAACGGACUUGCAUGGACUUCGCAGCAUUACGGACUUGUACUGCAAUCAUGAAUCAUGGGAUGUAGUUGUUUUUGUUCCAAUGGCAUUUGCAGAGUGUUCGCGGUAUCACCUAACCACUGUGAAGCGAACUUUGUCUGAGCAAAACAUUGGCCAAAGCUUAUUUCUCUCCGAUGCCUUAGCCAACCCACCCUACGAUGGAACAGCAAGUCAUUGUCUUUUGUGGCAUUG